GAUGGUCAUGAAUCUGGUUACCGCGUUUCUAAUACACAUGGUUGUCGUCUUCAAGUUGGUUCGCGCCGGCAUCCUUGAUAUACCUCCGGCCAAUACAGUCCCAACGCCGAUCAGCUUCUCCAACUACACCGUUGAAUGGAAAGACUUGGAUAUCAUAUUAGAGAAUGCUGAAUAUUAUCGACGAUUUCAGUACCAUUUGAGCCAGUCAAACGAUACUCGCCCUCGUACAAAUGCACCCCAUGCUGUUUACGAUAGAUUGAAAUCGCUUGCCGACCAGGCACUUGUAAAACCUCUAUACACCGUUACUAGCAAGCCAUUCCUUCCACCGUCCGGCGAUAAAAGAGACUUGAUCACCUAUGCUCCUUACUGGUGGCCUGCACCAGACUGUAACGCUAAUGAUAAUACCAACGACUGUCCCUACAUUCGGAUAGACGGCAAAGUCAAUCCAGAUGUUUACAAGCUGGAUGAUCAAAGGCACUUGGAGUCAGUAACGUUGGAUAGUGAAAUCUUGGCGAUGGCCAGUGUGGUCUUCGAUGAUGACGUUUAUUCUCAGAAGGCAGCGGAUAUGCUUCGAUACUUCUUCUUAAAUGAAGAGACCAAAAUGAAUCCAAAUUUCGAGUAUAGUCAAAUUAUUCGUGGUAACGGUAAAACAGCCUCGCACACUGGUCGCUCUACUGGUGUUAUCAUUGCAAGAUGUUUGGUUGGACCCAUUCGCGCUAUCAAAUUUUUGCAACUUCGCAAUUCUUACGCGUGGAGCCAUAGCGACACAGCAGGCAUGAUCAGUUGGUACAAAGAAUUGCACAAUUGGAUGAUUCAUGAUACGCUUCCCAUCCAAGAGAGUAAAUCCAAAAACAACCAUCUGACUUAUUUUAUCACGACUUUGAUCACCAUCAGCGAUUUCAUUGGAGACUUCCGCACAAUUGAAGACAGAGUCAACACUUUCUUCGCAUACAGUCUGGCUGAACAGAUUAAGGUCGAUGGAGUUCAACCUAUAGAAGAAGGUCGUACUUUGCCAUAUCAUUACACUACCUUCAAUCUCGAUGGUUUGGUUUACCUGGCCGCGUUUGUAUCACGAAGUGAUCCUCCACUCAUAGAAAAUGCUUGGAAUCGUACUGGAAGUUCUAUUGUUCGAGCCGUUAACCGACUCAUAGAUGUUGCACGAGGAAAUGAAGGGCGAAUUGAGCCAGGUGCAGAUUUGUCUGAUGCUGAUAUCGCUGUUAGAGCAGUCGGCAUGAGAUAUCCAGAACUGUACUGUGGAAAAUACCACGCUAACCAGCACCGUAAUGACCCUUAUCUUAAUCUUUGGCCGCUUUGGACUCCUCGUCAACUGUGGUACUGCUUUCAAUAGCUCACAAAUUGGUCGACCACCUCGCAUUGAUCUAAUAGAUAUACCUCGGUGCGAUAAUCUUAAUCAGGCGUUGUUUACAAGAACAUCAUAUCAUUUUACACGUUGAAUACUUGGGCAUUGCUUAGUGAGCUGUACUAUGCAUAUCUUCCUUGGAUGAUAAUGCUGAACGUCCUCCAAUGCCAGCCAAUUAGAUGAACAGUAUGUACAGACAAUAUUGUAAUAUUAGUAGAAAUGGUAACAAAUAAAGCCAAACGGUAU